AAUGUCAGGCAUGGAAACCAAUUCAAGCCCUUGAAUCACUUCAGGAAACCGUAUGUGAUGUGACUUAUUCUGACAUGUUUACCGGUACAUCCUCUAAGCAGAUUGGAGCUUUCAUUUCAUCAUGCGAAAUAAAAAAAAUCAUGAGGAUGGAAGAAGAACUGUGCAUCUCAGCACUUGCCCAGGAGGAAGCAAACAGAACAGCUGGAAAUGAAUUAUUGAGGAGUGCAGGCAGAUGCCUUGGCAUGUGGGAUAAUCUUACCUGUUGGCUGUCUUCUUCCAUCGGACAAACUGUUAGUGCACCCUGUCCCCGAGCCUUUCAAAUAGUCACUGGACAAACAGGGUUUAUGUAUCGUAAUUGCACCAGGGAAGGCUGGUCAGAAAAAUACCCCAAACCAUAUAUUGCUUGUGGCUUAAAUGCCAAACAACUUAAUGCCCCUAUAACUGAGUGGGAAUCUAAGGUAUCUUAUCUCAUGAAAUUGGAGACAGUGUAUACUGUUGGAAGCAGCAUCUCCCUCAUAGCUCUGGCAGCAGCAUUGGGCAUUUUAGCUUCUUUUCGGAGACUCCACUGUACAAGGAAUUACAUCCACAUACAGCUUUUUGCUUCUUUCAUCUUAAGGGUGACUGCAAACUUUAUCAAGGAUCCUAUACUGUCAGAGGACACAGAUGAUGCUGUCUACUGUGAAUUACACACAGGCAGGUGCAAGAUGAUCAUAGCCUUUGUUAACUUCUGCAUCAUGGCAAAUUAUAGUUGGCUUCUUGUAGAAGGGCUUUAUCUCCACAGCCUGCUGGCCAUUUCUUUCUUCUCCGGCAGAAAGUUCUUCUGGUGGUUUGUGGCUCUGGGAUGGGGUGCUCCAAAGUUAUUUGUAAUUGCAUGGGUCAUAGCCAGACUAUUACAUGAAAAUGCUGGGUGCUGGGAUAUGCAUCUUACAUAUGCCCUGUGGCUCAUUCAAGGCCCGGUGGUGGCUUCUAUUGUAAUCAAUUUCAUUCUAUUUGUUAAUAUUAUAAGGAUUCUGAUGAACAAACUGCGAUGGCCAGAUGGAAGAGGCAAGGACUCCAGUCAAUACAAGAGGCUUGCUAAAUCAACAUUGGUGCUCAUCCCUCUCUUUGGAAUCCAUUACAUUCUUUUUGCUUUUUUCCCUUUUGAUACCACAAAUGGCACCAUGGAAGUUCAAGCUCUGUUUGAAAAAGCCCUGGGAUCUUUCCAGGGUUUGGCUGUGGCUGUGCUUUACUGUUUUCUUAAUGGAGAGGUCCGGCAGGAACUUCACAGAAAAUGGUGGCAGUGGCAUUUAAGGAAGCAUCUCGGUACUCAUAAGCACCACAGCUCUUUGUUUCCAAAUGAAGUAAGCGGGCUCACUCAAGUCUUGCAGCUGACAAAGCCUGGUUCUCAGGAGGAAAGGCGACCUUCUCACCCAAUUCUGAGUAAACUGUAAAUGUUUCCAGGGCACACGAGGACAUGCUAAAACUCAGAGGAAACUUGCAUUACCUAAUCGGGCAUUGUGGUUCAGGACUUAAAAGCUAGUUGUUAGCUCUCCCUGGAGAUUGACUUAGGCUAUGGGCCUGACCUUGCUAUCAUGUGGAUUAUUUUGAAAAGAUGAUGUGUGAAAAAUAAUUUCCAAAUAGAAGGCUCAUCCUAUUGUGACCCAGGCCCAAGUAAGUAGUAUUAGACGCAAACAG